UACAGAACCUUCAAAUAGUACAAAAGAUCUGUCUGGCAUGAAUGAGUACAGAGAUCCUGUAUAUAUUUCAUUGGAUUCUGGAUUGUUUGCAGUGCAAGAAAUUAAGAAGGGAGAUGAAGUUAUUAUAUCAAUUACCCCAGUAACCAUAAAAACUGGCAAUGAUCAACAGACUGUAAAUAAAGAUGAAGUUAUAUAUGUAGCUGAGCGCUUGGGGUGUUCAACUCAACAAGAAAUGAACAGUACAAUUCAACAAAAGUUGGACAGCCCCAUUGAAAUAACACAAGGAUUCGAUUUUGAUGAUGAAGACCUUGAUGAGCAGCAUGAUAAAAAUGAUCCUGAUUAUGUCCCGUCUUCAGAAGAACAAUUAUCAGACAAAUCCUUAGAAGAUGAAUUUAUUCAUAGUCUAAACAAGAUACAUAAUGAUGAGGAUUGUGUUGCCAGAGACUCAGAUACUAGUAUGGAAGAUGAACAUGGGGAAGCAUCUAACAUCCUACAUUGGCCUGCCUUGGAAAAAAAGUCACCUAACAGUAUACAAGAAAACAAGGUUAUCAGAGAUGUAAGCAACCCUGGCAGUUAUGUACGAAAGGUACAAAAAAGUAAAAAGGCAAGUAAGGCUCAGAUGAAGUCUAAAAAAGCUGAGAAUGAAAGAGUAUAUGAUAAUUUUCACAGCUGUCUAUUUUGUGGAGGUAUGAGACAACACAUAAGCUCACACAUGUAUGUGCACAAAAACAUACCUAAAGUGAAAGAAAUACUGGCAAAAGAAAAAAAAGAUUUUUCAAAACUCCGAAAACAAGGUGACAAUAAGCACAAUAAAAAGGUGGUUGAAGAAGGAAAAGGGGAGCUUAUUCUUUCAAGGAGACCAGAAUCAAAUGCUGUGGUAUUUGAUAGUAGUCAAUAUGGGCCGUGCAUUAAUUGUUAUGAAUGGUUACUGUUUAAAAACAUGAAAAGACAUUUAGAGGCCUGUACAAUGCAAACUGUGACAAUGAGUAGAAGACAGAUUGUAAUUAUGUCUCAAGUGGAAGCAGGGGUUUUAAGCACUAAACCCUCAAAUCUCAUGCUCAAUGAGGUUUUCCCAAGCAUGAUAAUUGACAAAGUUUCAGAAGUUGCCAAAAAAGAUGAAACUAUUGUUGCAUUAGGGGAAAGCUGGUUAAGACGAUCUAUUGAUAAUCGGGAAAAAAGACGCUAUUAUACCUCACAACAUAUGAGGCUGAUGGGAAAGAUGUUGCUUGAACUUCGCUCACUAGAAGGUGAAGAUGAGAAAGACUUUGAAUAUUACCUUCAUCCCAGUAGAUUUGACAUGCUUGUAGGAGCUGCUUUACAAUGCUGUCUCCCAUACAUGGAUGACAUGGAGGAGCUAAAAGCUCCAAGUAAUGGUAUAAAGAUAAAAUAUGAUUUACGAAGAAUGAUAACCGCUAGAUGGGCAAUUACAGUUAAGAAAGAUGUUCACUCAUUAUGUGCGAAAGAAUUAAAGACUUGCCUAGAAUUGAUAAAAAUGGAGUGGGGUGAGAGAAUAACAAAGUUGGCUAGAUCAGUACUGGUUAGAAGAAGUUUUCAAGUAAAGCAUGAUCUUCCGUCCCCAGAAGAUAUAAGAAAACUUACCAGCUAUUUAAUAGGAUGUCUUAAGGCUGUGGACCUUAAGGAGGAAAACUACAGCAGAAUUGUUCAGCUUUCCCAGACCAGAAUACUCAUGUAUAACAAAAGAAGAAGUGGUGAAGUUGAUGCCAUCAGUCUCAACAGUUAUGCCAGCAAGACAAAAGAUAUUGAUGAUUUGGACGAAUCUCUUGUUGGAGAACUAAGCAAAGUGGAACUUCAUCUUUUAAAAAGUCAGGACUUAAUGAAAGUCCGGGGAAAGGGUAACCGCCCAGUACCUGUAUUGAUACCUGCUGACCUAAAGGGACCACUUGAUUUCCUAGCUUCGAGUUCUGUUAGAAAACAAGCAGGAAUUCCAGAAGCUAAUUGCUACCUUUUUCCUGUUGUAUCUAAAAAAUCUGGAUUAAACCCAGCUAGAUCUUAUGAAUCAUUAAAGAAGACUUGUACAGAAUGCUCUCUUGCUGCCCCUAACCGAAUAACAAGCGUUUCCAUGAGGAAGUACACUGCUACUCUCACUCAGAUGCUGAAUCUUGAUGGAAACCAGUUGGAAUGGGUUUGUCGACACUUGGGACACAGUGCAAAUGUACACAAGACCCACUAUCGCCAGAUGUCUGGUUUUAUUGAAAGAGUUCAUGUUUCUAAGUUAAUGUUGGUGCAGGACAUGAAUCUGACAAAGAAAUAUGCUGGGAAGAAACUGGAAGACAUUGACAUAACAGGUAGUUAUCUGCUUCUCAUUGUAUUCACAAAAGGUAUAGAACUUAAGGGAGCGACCAUUAGAUUCAUUGGGGGUGGGGAGGCAUAUAUUGGAUAAAAAUAUUCUGUUCCUUAAAACCUGUUACAGGUUGCAUUUCUGUAAAUAUUGACAAUGCAAUUUCCCAUAGGAACUCUUU